AUGGAAGGGGUGUGGGAGUUGCUCCUGGGCGGGCAGCUCCUCAUUCCCACCCCCCAGGAAGCCAGCCUGGCACGGCUCCAGCUGGCCCUGCAGUCCCAGGUGCCCCCGGCCGAGCUGGAGGUGCUGGGGAACCAACUGCUGGACGGGGUCAUCGCCGACUGCAGCCUGCAGCUCCCGGACAUGCUGGCCCGGCCCUGCAGCACGGCCCUGGACCAGCGGCUGUUCCGGCUGCGCAGCUCCCACCUGGAGCAGAUGGUGCAGGCGGCCCUGAGGCUCAAACACCAGGAGAACAACCUGGACACCAUCCUGGAGCAGGCAGAGGACUGGCUGGGCCGCCUCAGAGCCAUGGCACACGAGUACGAGAACCAGACGAAGUUGGCGCUGGUGGGGAACUGGGGCACCACGGGCCUCACGUACCCCAAGUACUCGGACGUGACGGGCCGGAUCCGGCUGCCCAAGGACAGCUUCCGACCCUCCGCCGGCUGGGCCUGGGCCGGGGACUGGUUCGUCUGCCCCGAGAGGACGUUGCUCCAUGACGUGGAUGCAGGACACCUGAGCUUCGUGGAGGAGGUGUUUGAGAACCAGGUCCGGCUCCCUGGGGGGCAGUGGAUCCACAUGACCGACGCCUACACCGACGUGAACGGGGAGAAGGUCCUGCCCAAGGAGGAGAUUGAGUGUCCUCCGGGCUGGAAAUGGGAAGACCUGGAGUGGGACACGGAUCUCAACAGAGCUGUGGAUGAGAAAGGCUGGGAGUACGGGCUGACCAUCCCCCCGGAGCGCCGGCCCAAGGCCUGGGUGCCGGCGGAGAAGAUGUACCACACCAACCGGCGCCGGCGCUGGGUGCGGCUCCGCCGGCGCGACCUGGAGCACAUGGACACCUCCCGGAAGCCCAAGCAGGAGGAGCUGGACGGGGAAGGCUGGGAAUACGCCUCGCUGUUCGGCUGGCGCUUCCACCUGAAGCAGCGCCGCACCGACUCGUUCCGCCGGCGCCGCUGGAGGCGCAGGAUGGAGCCCCUGGAGCGCACCGGGGCCGCCGCCGUCUUCGCCCUGGAGGGGGCUCUGGGGGGGGUGACGGACGACAGGAGCGACGACGGGAGAGGAGCGGCCCCGCUGAGCCUGGGGGUCAACAGACCCACCAUCUCCUGCAUCUUCGACUGUGGGAACAGGUACCACCUGCGCUGUUACCUGUACCAGGCACGGGAUCUGCUGCCCAUGGACAAGGACAGCUUCUCGGAUCCCUACGCCAUCGUGUCCUUCCUGCACCAGAGCCAGCGGUCGGUGGUGGUGAAGAACACCCUGAACCCCACGUGGGACCAGACCCUGAUCUUCUACGAGAUCGAGAUCUUCGGGGCCCCCCCGGGCGAGGCCCAGGCCCCCCCCAGCGUGGUGGUGGAGAUCUUCGACCACGACACCUACGAAUUAUUUUAG